AUGACGUCCAAUACCGGCUCUCUCUUCGGAGGCCCUUCCACCACCCCGUCAUCCAGCUUGUUUGGCGCAACCAAUUCGACAACCCAGCCUAAGCUCGGGUUUGGAGGUCUUUCGGGAGCAGGCACACAAGGCACGCAAUCGACAGGUCUGUUUGGGGGGCAACAAACUCAGACCCCAGCCACGUCAACCGGGGGCUUGUUUGGAGGCCAACAGCCUGCUGCUCCCGCCGCAUCUACUGGGGGUCUUUUUGGCGGCCAGCAACCUUCGGCUCCAGCUGCUUCUAGCGGGGGUUUGUUCGGCGGCCAGCAACCUUCGGCUCCGGCUGCUUCUAGCGGGGGUUUGUUCGGCGGCCAGCAACCUUCGGCUCCGGCUGCUUCUACUGGGGGUUUGUUCGGCGGCCAGAAAACUUCGGCUCCGGCUACUUCUACUGGAGGUUUGUUCGGCGGCCAGCAACCUUCGGCUCCGGCUGCUUCAGGUGGAGGAUUGUUUGGAGGCCAACAGACCUCGGCUUCGCAGAGCGCACAGCCGUCAAGCCUCUUUGGCGGUCAAUCCCAAGCACAGCAACAGCCACCGAUCCUAGGACAGACUCAGGGACCAACCUCAGGCCAAUCAACACAACCGGCAUUCUUCAACAGCCUGUUGGAGCGCGGUAAGAAGAGACCUCUGUCAUCAGCCAACCACAACAACAGUUUCGAAGAAGUGCCCAGCCUUCAAUUGGGCUUGGACGAUAUUCGGAGGAAGGCUAGGGAACUGGGCUCGGGUGGACAGAAAGACACCCCAAAUGGUAAAAGCACCAAAGCUACCAACAACAGCCAUUAUCUGCUUGCUGCGUCCGGUAUCUCCCCGGGUCGAGCAUUGCGCGAUCUCAAAUCUCUGGACCCCCAGGCAUCUCUGGCAGCCCCUGUGAAGGAUGUGGACACCUUUGAUCCCGACAAUCAGCGAUUCUUGCGAAGCAUUCAGCAACGUGGCCGGCAGAUCAUGAUCGCAGAGAGUCUCACCCGAUCCCACCGCGACUUCGACACAUUCCUAGAGGAGAAGGUUGAUUUGGACUGGGAACAGCAACGUCAAACCAUCUUUAAUCAUUUCGGGCUAUCGCAGAAGGACGCAACUGGGGCUGGUGGCCUGAACGCUACCACCAGAGGUGGCUUUGGUCGAUCAACCAGACAGCCCAGGCAAUCUGGUGCUGGUCCAAGCCACGGGGGUAGAAGUGUGUUUGGACGGUCUGGCCUCGACAAGUCGGUCAUUGGCACACCCGGUGUUGGUUUGGCCAGCCGCCAGAUCUUCGAAGACCCAGCAGAGCGCAAUGACAGGGCCUUGUCUCACUCCCCUGAUGCUAGAUUCCAACGUGAGAAGAUGGGUCAGUACGCUGAAAAGGUCCAGCAAUUGAAUCUCGCCAGACUUCAAGGGAAAUGCUACCCUGUCCUCGACGAGUUCUCAUCGGUCGAGGUUCAAAACGGCGGUGAUGCCCCCCGGCAGCUUUUCAAUGCGUAUCAAGCCUUGGUGGGAAUUGUGCACGAAAAUCCUCGGAUUCUCACCCCAUCGGACCCUGGUGCGAUCAGAGAGCGUCAAUAUUCUGCAAAAUACCUCGAAGAAUCAUCAAAAUCUCGCAAUGCAAUCGACCUCAAGAAACAGAUCCUUGAGGGCUCACGAAGCUUCCUGGAGAGGACAUUCUUCGAUGAAGUGGAAACCGCUAUUGCCAAAAACCCGCGUGAGGCACAGCUGGGAGGUAUUCCAACCGUGAUCAAUAAGAUCCGGGCCUAUAUCCGGCUACAAGCUGCGAGAAAGGACCUCGUGCCUGAUGGCACAGAACUCCAGAUGGUGAACCAGGAUUAUUGCUGGAUUCUCAUCUUCUAUCUCCUUCGGUGCGGCUUUGUAACCGAGGCUGCAGAGUAUGUGAGUCGGGACACUGGAUUCCGGUCUCUGGAUCACAAGUUCGUGACCUACAUGACAACCUACGCGCAGAACAGGCGACUACCCCGCGAUCUCCAACAAAAGAUCAACGGCGAGUUCCAGCAGCGUUCUCGAAAUGCCCCUGAAAACACAGUCGACCCUUACAGGAUGGCAUGUUACAAGAUCAUUGGCCGCUGUGAUCUCUCGCGUCGUCGCUUGGAUGGGGUUAAGCAAACGGUUGAGGACUGGAUGUGGUUGCAAUUCAGUCUUGCUAGAGAGGAUGAUCGCACCGAAGAGGUUGCAGGAGACGUGUUCGGCCUUGAAGACAUCCAGACCGAUAUUCAGGAAAUUGGCCAGAAAGUCUUUGUCAAGGGUAACGACGGGCCUGGUGGUUAUGGAACAUACUUCCUGCUUCAGAUUCUAGGAGGAAUGUUCGAACAAGCUGUGCACUAUCUCGGCACGUUUGCACCAGUUACCGCCGUUCAUUUCGCCAUCGCCCUGUCAUACUACGGUCUUCUCCGCGUGUCCGACUUUUAUACCUCUGGUGAAGAAAUCCGUAAGCAUUACCCACCGCACGAGCCUUUUCCACUUAUGACUGAUUUUGCUAACAACUUCCCCGCGGCUCUAGUGUCAUUCACUGUCAAACAAUAUCCUCAGAUCAACUUCGGCUAUCUGUUGACCCAAUACACCCGAGAGUUCCGUACCGGAUUUGUUGAAGCCGCCAUUGACUACUUCACGCUGAUCUGUCUGAAUGCCGACCUCCCGGGUGCUCUGGGCAAGUCACAAGCAUCUGUUUGUCACGAGGCUCUGCGGGAGUUCAUCUUGGAAACCAGAGACUUUGCUAAAUUGCUUGGUGAUAUUCGUGCUGAUGGUACCCGCUUGAAGGGCGCUAUUGAGAAGCGUCUGGAUCUGAUCAAAUUGGUGGACCAAGCAGAAUUCCUCCAGACCAUCACAGUCCAGGCCGCUGCCGUGGCAGAUGAUAAGGGGUUAAUUGCCGAUGCUGUGCUUCUCUACCAUCUGGCCGAGGACUACGAUAAGGUCAUUGAUAUCAUUAACCGUGCCUUGUCAGAUGCCGUCGCAAUUGAAUUAGGUGGUGCUUUACCGAAGCUGCAGCCUUUGCGUCCCCGAGACGACGUGGCAGAUGCAGUGGAGGGAAGCAGUCUUAGCUUGACUUCCGUGGAUGACCCGGGUGUUCUUGCUAAGAACAUGAUCAGCCUUUACGACUCGAACGAGAUGUACUAUGGCAAGGUUAAACCCCUCAACCGUGAGGCAUGUGGACUGUUGCUCCGCAUGAUGGAAGCCAAGACCCAGGUUGAAGCCGGCAGAUGGGCACCAGCCCUUGACGCCAUCAACGCUCUGAAUGUUCUCCCCCUCCAGGCCCGGGGCUCCGUCUCACACAUUCGAAGCAUCGCCCAGUCAUUCUCGUCCCUGCCUGCUAUCAUUUCACGCAACAUCGGGCAUGUCAUUAUGUGGAGCAUCACCUGCAUUGGCUUCGAACGCCAGAAGCGAACUUCUGGCCUGUACGACAGUGAAGUUCGUCAAGGCAUGGCCGAUGCAUUCCUGGUCAUGGCCAAGGAUUUAAUGGUCUUCUCGGGUAUGGUCAAGUACAAGUUGCCUCCACGGGUGUAUGAGACUCUGGCUCGUGCAGGAGCCGAGAUUGGGGCGUAUUAG